GAUACAGGAGAAGAAUACUUCCUGGCAACAUAGUACUUAGGGGAUGUUUGUCAGCCCUUCUUUAUAGCGCAACUGGGAGAGGGCGGGGCCAAGGCCACAGGGGGCGGAGCCUGCCGAGGCGGCGGGAUUUCUCGCUUCGGGUGGAGGUGAUCUGAGCUUCCUCUCCUCUCUCUCUGUGGGCCCUCUUCUUGCCCCGCGUGGUGACGGCGACGCGGCCCUUGUGCCACUUUUCCGCCCCUCUGCGGGGUCCAGGAGGAGAGUUCUGGCCUGGCAUACGGGGCCACGGGAGGGUUUGGGAGGGCCUCGGGGAAGCCGUCACCAACCAGAACCGACCCCAUUCGUUGCCUCAGCGGCGCAGCCACAGGAUUUUGUUUCUGAGGUAGAAAUCCCAAAGAAGAGAUGGCUUCAGGAGACUUCUGCUUACCUGGAGAGGGUAUGGAAUUACUCCAGCAAGUAUGCAGCAAACAACUGCCACCCUGUAACCUGACUGAAGAGGACCUCUUGCAGAACCCUCAUUUUAGCAAACUUCUGCUCAGUCUCUCUCAAUACAUGGAUGAGAGUGGUUUAAGCACCGCCCUUGCAGAAAAGCAAGCUGAGGCAUGGAAGGAGGUCCGGCUGCAAAAGACAGCAUGGUUGAGGUCAGAGAUUCUUCAGAGACUUAUACAGGAAAUGCUUGUGGACUACUAUGUAAAGACACAGGACACAAAUCUGACUCCAGAGGAUAAGAAGUUUCAUGAAUCCCUUGAACAGAGGUUACUUGUGACUGAACUGACUCGACUUUUGGAUCCAAGCCAAGAGAAAGAGAUGUCACCUUUGCUGGGCCUAGAAAAGUCAGACUUGCUGGAAUUGAUGCCCCCUUCAGAGGAUUUUGUGAAAAUGAGGGCGUGUCUCCAGCCGAAGAUUGAGGAACAACUCAAGAAGAAGUGUUUCACUCUGCUCUGCUACCAUGAUCCCAGCUCAGAUUCUUAUAGUGAAACAUUGAAAGCAGCAAAGGUAUGGCAACUGGCAGAAGUGCUGAAAAGUGAGAAACAGGAACACCAGGAAGCCAAGAAACAGCAGAAAGAACUGACAGUGCUUCUUGAAAAGCAGAGUUCCACCUAUUCCCAGGUACUCCUCCGUUGUCUUACACUGCUACAAAGGCUUCUCCAAGAACACCGUUUGAAAACACAAUCAGAGUUAGAUCAGAUUAAUGCCCAGUACUUGGAGAUCAAAUGUAGUGCCAUGAUUCUGAAGCUAAGAAUGGAGGAGCUGCAGGUUUUGUCAGACACUUACCCAGCUGAGAAGGUAGAAGUUCACCGACUCAUUAGGGAUAGUCUGGAGGGGGCCAUUCGACUACAAGAGCAAGACAUGGAGAAAUCACGCCAAGUCUUGAACACUUAUGAGGUGUUGGGUGAGGAGUUUGACAAGCUGGUGAAGGAGUACACCCAUUUGAAGCAGGCAACUGAAAACAAACGCUGGGUUCUUCAGGAGUUUAAUAAGUCUUGCCAUUGAGUUUUGUAGAAACUAAAGACCAGGAUCCUUCUGCCUCAGUAGCUCACAUUCUUCCUGUCCUGUUUCUCUCAUACAAAUAUUGCUUUUUCCCUGCUCAAAAGGGAGAAUGAGGACAUAAAGCUCAUACAGUAAGAAUUCUGCUGUACCCAGGCAUUCUAGUUUCUGUCCUGUGUUUACAAUAACUUGACUUCCUUCAUUCUUCCUGAGGAGCAGAUUUGCACAUCUUGUGGCCUCUGAAGGAAACCAAUCCUUCCUUUUGUCCAGUUGUUUCCUAAAUAAAAUGUUGGUAUGGUU